AUGACAACAGAAGAACCAUUCUGGAUUGAUUUGGCCGGAUGGUCCAAGGUAAAUUUGACGAACGAAGAGGUUACUCUCACCUUCGGGAAAAGUUACAAGAAAAAAUCUACACUACUUUAUCCCGUAAUCGUACUUGUCGCUGUAUUAUGCGGUGUUGGCAUUGGCAUUGGUGUAGGCUAUGCCAUUUGGUAUGGAGACGUGCCUACCAAGGCCACUGUAGAGCCGCAGAAGCCUGGGGACAAGACCACGAUGAUGCCCAAACCCCCCUCAACGGCUAAACCUGAAGCCACAACAGCCAAAGCUGUUGAUGGUACAACAUCACAUGGAGGUACAACAUCACAUGGGGGAACGUCAGCACCAGGCAAACCUUGGCUCGGAACCCCAUGCUUUACAGAACAGCAGCCUCAGUGCCCCGAUGGAGUGGACAAAGCUCCUCUAAUUCUGGUCUCUUUAGACGGUUUCCGUAACGACUAUUUGGACAGAGGAGUUACCCCAAACCUCAAGAGACUGAGUGAUUGUGGAGUUCAUACUCCAUACAUGUAUCCUUCCUUUCCAACGUUGACGUUUCCAAACCAUUACAGCAUCGUCACGGGUCUUCUUCCUGAGCAUCAUGGAAUCAUUGGUAACAACAUGUACGAUCCUGAGCUCAAUAAAGUCUUCUCGUUGUCCGGCACAGAGAAAGAUAACAGUUACUGGUGGGGAGGGGAACCGAUCUGGAACACAGCUAUGAAGCAAGGUCUAAUAGCUGGAAGCUACUUUUGGGUUGGAUCUGAUGUGGAAAUACAAGGUAUGAGGCCUGAUUAUUACUAUCCAUAUGACGGCAACACAUCACCGGAAACAAAGAUCAACAAAAUCAAAGAAUGGCUGCAGUACCCAAGUGACACCCGGCCAGACUUUAUUACUCUAUACUUCGAUGAACCUGACCAUACUGGUCACGAUUAUGGUCCAAAUUCUGACACGAUCAAUGCCAUGUUGACGACAGUGGAUAGCUUCAUCCGUGAUUUAAUGGACGCUAUUACCGAGAUAAAAAUGGAGAACUGCACGAACAUUAUCAUCCUGGCUGACCAUGGCAUGUCUAACCGCACAUGCGAUCUUAACAUUGUACUUAGCGAAUUCAUUAACACUGGAGACUACUACUCAAGAAGUUCAGGAGGGACAAUGAUGAGAUAUGAUUCAAAGAGUUCGGCUGACAUCAAAGAGCCUGAAGACAUUGUGAAACAUCUCAAGUGCAUCAGUCCAGGUUCUGUGGCAUAUGUAAAAGAGGACACCCCAAAGCGAUGGCAUUACAUGAAUAAUGUGCGCAUUGAAGACACACUUAUUGCAGUUGAUCAAAGUUACACCAUCUCCAAUGGACCAUCAGGAGGUUGUGCAGGCGGAGGACAUGGUUAUGACAAUGCAAAAUCUGAUCAUAUGAGGGCCGUGUUUCUUGCCUAUGGUCCUUCAUUUAAAGGCAAUUAUGAAGUGGAACCGUUCCAUAACAUAGAGUUGAUGAAUCUGAUGUGUGACGUUAUUGGUGUCACUCCUCCGCCCAAUGACGGUGAAGCUGGCAGCCUCCAUCACAUGCUUCGUGACCUUCCAUCACUGCCUCCAAGAGAUGACACUAAUGUCUCUAUGUCACUCGUGUGUCCUUUCCCCUCAUCAGGACUGGAAUAUGACGAUAGAAUCACUGAUGACAUGUCCAUGUGUAUGUGUGACACUCUACCGGCUGGAACAGUCAAAUCAAUUGCAGAUUUUGAUGAGCAGUUGAAACUAACUGACACUCAGAAAUCGGCUUCCCACAUGAAACAUUCCCCAUUUGGAAUGCCACAGAUUAACUUCAAGACCGACUUCUGUGAAUUGACUCAAACUGACUAUGUUACGACCUACAGUCAUGAUUUGAAAAUGCCUCUUUAUGCGACAUUCACAAUGGAGAAGCACAACGGUACCAGUGUAGCACCGGUAUUCAGCAAUUGUUCUCGCGCUGAUGUUCGCAUCCCGGCAGCUAAGACACCAAGCUGUAACGAUUAUGACAUGGCGACUGGAGAAUGGGCAAACAUGACCAAUGGACACUUGUACUCACCAGGUCUAACCAGCUCUCUUGAUGCUAAGAUGGACGCUCUCAUUACAUCAAACAUGGUCCCACAGUUCUCUGGGUUCAUAAAAGAUCUUUGGAGUGGGGUUUUGGAUGUCCACCUGCCCCUAUGGGCUAAUGAGUACAACGGCAUCAAUGUGGUCACUGGACCAAUUUUUGAUUAUGAUAUGGAUGGACUCAGAGAUUCCAUGGAGGUUCUCACCGCACAUGGAUCUAAACUUGAAGAUACAUUUAUACCGACACACUUCUUUUGUGUGAUUAAUCGCUGUCGAGGGGGUCAAGCAAUCGGCACGACGGACUGCAAACCAGACCCGUUGGCAUUCAUCUUUCAAAACAAAGACGGCAUUCAGACUUGUCAGAUGACACCGGACUUUGUAGAAACCCACACCGCUAAAGUCAAAGAUGUUGAGCUUUUGACUGGUCUUCGAUUUUACUCUGAUGUUGAACAAUACGAGUCGAUUCGGGCAAGGACUUUGAUUAUUUCUGUAAAGGAAGUCUUCUCACAGUGGAGGUUGCAACAUAGUAUGUAAAUAGAGAAUCACAAUUACAUCUUUGUUAAAUGAGCACUUUGAAUUCAAAUCUCUCAAAAUCUUCCUGUUUGGAAUAUUGUCCUUUGUAAGAGUUAUUCAUGCACUAAACACCUUUUUUUAUUGUUUUAAAUGAAUUUUCUAUUCUUAUGUGCAAAUGGAAACUAAGUUUAUGUAUUUUUAGAAAAAUUCUUGUUCUUACACAAUGUGUUGUAGCCCGCAGAACAUAAAGUCGGCCAUUUGGUGGAGUCUAAAAAUUUGUUACACAAAAUAUGGGACCACGUUCUAUCAUGAAAUUACACAACCACCACACAAUUUCAAGGGAUAUUUAUGUGAAUCCUUGUAUUCUACUUUUAAAAUAACUUUCCAAUUAAAAAUGUAGUGUAAAAUCUGCACACCCAGAACUCUUGGUUAUUAAAAUUCAUUUAAACCAACAUUUUAGUCGAAAAUUCAUAUAAUUUCUCCC